AUGGCGGCUCACUCGCACAACGCCCGCCCCAACGGCCCAGCCCUGUCGUCAAAUGACGACACCUGGGAUUCAGGGUACCCAGAGGUCGCCUGGACCAACCCAGCCUGCUAUCCCACACCAGCAAUGGCGGUGGGACAGCACUGGUUACACCACGGGCCACAUAGCAAUUCGAACCCGGUCGGUAGUCCAAAUGGUUACAUUCUACCCGACGCCCACAACGCAGCCUGUCACCCCAAUACUCCCAAGAGCACUCCGAUGGCAAGGAUCUCGUCCUUCAACUCCUCACCAGAAGAACCACUCGACACUACGAACUACGAAAAUACAUGUGCACAUGGGAUAGGGGCCCAAUCCCGCCAGGCGGCGGGCAUCGAGUAUGUGUUCACGACUAAUUAUACCCUCAUGACUUAUGAAUACUAUGAUACAUCACUCUCUGACAUAACCCAGUGUCAACCACUACGGGAGAUAUAA